CAACUAAUCAACUAAUCAACUAAUCAACUAAUCGACUUAGUCAACAGGUCCAUCCAUACAUACGUCUUAGCAAUUGGCCCAUUCAUUCAUUCAUUCAUUCAUUCAUUCAUCAUUCAUCCGCCAUUCACCACCAUUCAUCAAAUUGAUUUAUUUAUGGUAUUAAUCCGCCCAUCAACUUCAACCACCUCAAGGUAAUGCCGCAAAGCAUUAUAUUGAUUUUGGGAAUCAAAAUUAUCAAGUGAAUAAUAAUAGUGCAACCAUCGCAGAUAAUUUUAUCGCUACAUGAUCACUUUAUAUAUCAUCAAGUAUGCUGGUUGCUCAUACAGAGGAAAGUAGUACUGCCACCACCGUGAUCGAUCCCAUAUAAGAAGACUACAGCACAACCCGCAUCCUCCGAUUUCAACCGCAUCACAAUGACAGCCCACGUUCCUCCUCCGGAUCCGCAGCUCGAUGAUAUCGUAUCACAUUCCGAAGAACUGUCCAUUUUAUGUCCAAAAACUUCGGCCGCUGCACAGCCAUCUGAUAAUUCCAUGUUACUUGAUCGUGCUUCCGGUGGUGCAAUGGCUACACCAACAUCAACCUCCGGAAAGGCUGACGAGGCUGCGAUCGAUGCGAGGUCCAAAAUCUCCAGUUUAUUGAAGGAUAAGGAACGAGAAUGGACCGCUGUGGUGGAAAAAAGGACUGGUCCUUUGCGAUUGUUGGAUUUACCUAUGGACGUUCUGAAAGAAAUUGUGAAGGAGGUAGACUGUCCACCUUGCAUCCUCCUCGUACAAAGCUGAUGAGAUAUCUAGGUUACCCAUACGAAUGACUUAACAUCGCUCGCCCUCACCCAUUCUGCCUUGCACAAUCUAGCAAUACCUUACAUCUACUCGCGGUUUGAUAUCGUUUGGCCCGAUGCACACGCUACGUCUGAUCCGAGGACCGGAGUCGAUGCGCUUACCUAUGGACUUUCUACACUCUGCAUGGGCAACGCAUUCAGCAACUCGAAUCUAUCCCAAUCUUUCGUCUGCAAGCAUUGCGGAACAGAUAAUUCUACAGUCUGCAGCCAUGAGGUCAAACCAGAGCCCUCUAGUGCCCCCAGACGUAUGGGAAAUGAAUAUCCACAGUUUACUAGAAAGUUCUCUCUCGGAAACGGACCUACCGACUGGGUACAGGAGUAUCUCAUAACAAAAGAGAGUGGAAAAAUGUUGGGUACUCUUGUUGCGCUGGCCGUGGCCAGAAUGAUAAAUCUGGAAACUUUUGUCUGGGAUAUGCCCACCGGGGUGUUGAGGGACGUUUGGCUUGCCCUUUCCUCCUUACAAUAUAAAAAUCCAAAACAAGAAUGCCGGUUAGAACGUGUUUGGGUGAGGUGGCAUGAUAAUACGGAAGCUAUUCACAUGUCCUCAGCACAAAGCCCAAGCUCGCCCGCCAUUACCACGAGCCAAAUGUUAGCUGGUACGACGAUGAGCUCCAUAGGAUGGGCCGUGCCAUCCGGUUCUUCAACAAGUUCAACAGCUUCUACACAGAUCAUUGCAUAUGCACAAGGUCGUGUGGAAUAUCCUACACUCAGCGUACUUCCACCAUUACAAAGUUUGUCGGUGUUGGACAUUGAUGAAAUAGAUUAUCUAGACGAAAUGAGUGUCUUGGUAGAGCGAUCGAGAGACAAACUUCGGGAACUUCGUGUUGGUAUUUCCGCGAAAGCCAUUCAACGCGAUUUUGCUCUUCCAUGGGACGGGCCUGAGCUCCAGCAGGUUGAUCACGAAGCGAAGUGGCCUGGUGCCAGUAAGAUUGGCGAGCGAAGAUUGGGUGGAGUCUUAGGAAUCAUUCUGGGUCGUGUAUUCGACAUUCGGAACAAACGGAGAGUAAAAAAUGAGAGAACGAAAGGUCCCAAACUGGGUUCCUUCAUGGGAAGUAGCCAGCCGUUCACCCAGCAAAAUGGCAGCAAUGCUGCAGAAAUAGUACUUCCGGAAAUUGCAGGAACUGAUCUUAUGGGGCCCGGCUGGAGUGAUAAAGAAAGUCCGGCAGUGUCAGGUGCACUUAACCCGCCUGGGGUAGCAUUCAAUAUCGAGGCAGACUCUCUUCCAGAUCAUGUUGAUCCUAGCCAGGAACAGUCAGCAUCGAGUACCCUCUUGACGCCUCACUCUGACAUGGACUCACUAACCGCGCUAAUAUCUGAACAUCAACUCAGCUCGAAUGAUGAUACUACAGUCCACGAUAUCUUACAACCACCCGUGCUCUCUGAUAUUCCUGCAGAACCUCCUUUGCGACGUUCCCAAUCAUCGAAUAAGAAGCAAUCACAUUUUUCCGAAAUUUCUUCCAGCAGCAGAGACAGACUCGAAGGGAAACUACGCCUACAAACAUUGGAACUGGAACGAGUUCCUUUAUCUGUAUAUGUGCUGCAUAGAGCCUUCGACUGGACAGUUUUAACCAACUUGACUAUUCUCGACUGUCCACAACACGAGAAACUUUGGUCCACACUUAGAAAACAUUUUGCACCUUCACCAUUAGGCAAUCAUACUUCAGCGAAGCAUAGUACUCAAAUGUUAUAUCAUCUGAAUCUUAAAAAAGUCCAUACUGAUGCUGCGUCGCCUUCCCUCAUUUCAUUUCUGAAAGAAACAUUAGCACCAAAUACUUUAGAGAUACUGUUUCUACAGGAUCGAAGACGAGCAUCAAACUCGUCGGUUACAAUUGUAAGUUUUUUACGUCAUUGUAGUUUUUUUAGUCGAGUGCUAAUCACGCCACAGGAAUCUAUCUAUAAAGGCCCACUUAAGAGACAUCGUGCUAGUCUCAAAAAGCUAUUAUUGGACAGCUCCGAGAGGCCACCGAGAAAUGUGAAUAAUUCAGUAGAGUCUUCCUCGAAAUGGAAAGCCUGGAUGCCCAAUCGUGAUGUCCUGAAUUUUAUCACAAGUGGACGUAUGACCAAUCUCCGCGAAUUAAGUAUUGCAAUUGACUACAGAGACUGGGUAAGUCACCUUGAGAUGAUUAUUAACAUACAUUCCAAGCAUUCUUGAAAUGCUGUCACUGUACAAUGUCUAACAAAGUCUAGCAUCACUUUCUUCAACGCCUUCCUCAAGUACCUCAGCUCCGCUCUCUCAGUAUUCCUUUCAUCGCCGAUCAUAUCACGCCUUUAUUCGACCCUAAAGAACUCGCUCAUCAAAUCCUUGAUGUCAUUUUUCUCCGCCCCGAAGUAGAACUCUGUUACGUGGGUAUUUCGCAUAAAUGUUUCGAAAUCCUUGAAAACCGCCAUCAUGAAGAACCCUUGCCUUUAUCGCAUGAUUCUCACACAUCAGCGGCGAACGGCGGUCCCGUAACCGACGAUGAGGAGGACGAUGAGGAUGAGAGCGAUGAUGAUGAUGAGAUAGAUGAGGAAGAAGAUGAUAAUGGGACGGCUAUUGCUCCCAUUGAUCCAGACGAAACAGAGGACGAGUUAUCGGACGGCGAUGGAGAUGAUGAUGGUGAUAGUGAUGAAGAUAGUUGGGACGGGGCGAGUGAUUUUGAUGGGAAAGGGAGAGUGAGGUUAAGGUUGAGGUUGAGGGAAAUUUUAUUUUACGAUGAUAAGGUUGCUAUAUUUAAAGCGAGGCACGGUAGACUUUGAUGACAUGGACGGAUUUCUAGGAGUAUUAUUCAGUUAAAAGGGGCAUUUACAAGGGGAGAAUGUAAUGGUUGGGGAUAUGACAGGGCUUCGUAUGGGAUUUCAUGAGGCAAAAAAACGAAACGUUGAUUAAUCGAUCUGAUCUGGCCACGAUAUAAAAUGGAGAAGCGGAAGCUUUAUACGUAUUUAUCUUUUCUAUCUUUCCUUCUUUCUUCUCUUUUGCACGGGUGGAAUCACUUCAAAGGACAAACAGCCAUGGAUUACAGAACGGGGUGGAUGCUUUUACUAGGAGUAUGUUGUGUACAAGGAGCACAAUGGUUGCAUGAAAGGAAUGGCUAGCUAGCUAGCUAAAUAAUUGCAUUAUGGUAUACCAGAUGGAUGGAUGUAUGAAGCGAGAAAUUGAUGGGGUGAAAUGGAA